AUGCCUGGGAAAUCGCUGAGGGUGCGAAGGCUCUCUGAGCUACGUGAUGACCUGGAACCUCCGGUUGGAGAGGCGCCAGAAGCGGCGAGCCCCUCCUUGGACACUGCACGGCUGGAAGAGGAUCUGCAGGGCAUGCGCCAGCUCCUGACCCGUGGCCUUUGGGACUCGGUUCUGGCGAAUGUGAUGCCGCGCGGGGAGUCGAAGCACCCUGCGCGUGCAGCCAGCGGCGCCAAGCUCCUGCAGCAGGAUGUGGCGACGGCUGCUACCCUCAACGCUGCCUCUGACACGGUAGCGCAGUUGUCAGAAGUCAAGGAUCGGAAACCCUGCGCAGCCCGCGUGCUGCGAUACAUGGGCUUCGGCUCCCUGGACGGCUUUGCAGGCCAUCACUGGUUCGAGGCCCUGGACAUGCUGCCAAAGCACGACAGCGUGAUCGACACGGCGCAGAAGGUCUUGGCUGAUUCCCUGGUGUACACUCCUUGCUGGUGCGCGUGCUUCCUGUUUGUCAUGGCGGUUCUAGAGGGCCGAGCCGCAGAGGCAAUUUCGGAGGUCAGAAAGGAUUUCUGGGAGCUGCUCACUGGCAACUAUGGCCUGACCUUGCCUUUCGUGGCCUUGAUCUAUGGCUGCUCGCCAGUGAGGUAUCAAGUGGCCUGCUUUGCUCUCCUCACUUUGGCCUACACGAUUGCGGCUUUGCUGAAAGUCCGAUUCGACCGACGGAUUGACUCGUGGCUCGAUUCGUUGUGUGAGUUCUACCAAACUCUGGCCCUGGUUGACCCCUGGACACCCAGGCGCAGCGCGCGGCUCGCCGUCCUGAAGGUGAUGACAGCGGUGGCCUUCCCGGGUGCGGCGGUGGAUUGCAGCGUCCAAAAGCUCUUCUUCGAUUCCAUGCCAGACCCGGUGGAGAUUCUCAGUGUGGAUCAGGUGAUCCAGCCUCGCCUGUUGAAGCGCUUCCUUGCACGGAUGGCGGAGGAGCCCGCGAGCGUGGAGGUCACCUUUCAUGGCACCAGACCAGAGUUUGUGAAGCAGAUCUUGAACGAUGGUCUUGACCCACACUUGUGUGUGACUGGCAAUUAUGGCUUCGGCGCCUAUGUGGCCACGCAUGCUGGAGUGGCCCAUCAGUAUGCGUAUCCGGGCGAAGAUGGUUCUCGGCAUAUGUGCGUGACAUUGGCAGCCGUUGGGGCGCGCCUCGUGAAAGGGAAAGAGCGGGAGGCACCAUCAACAACAGCCGCGGACCGCUUGAUCAACCCGACGCAGUAUUGCUUCACGCACGAGGAUCAGCUGUACGUCUCCCACUUGAUUACGUAUCGCGCGACCGAUAUCCAGUUUUGCCGCACUGGCGGUGGGUUUCAGGACCCUUUUCACACAAAGCUCAGAGCAGCUUUGCGUGCAAGUGAGAAGGACGAGAAAAAUGAGAACAAACGACGGGUUGAGAUCUUUUGA